GCAAUAAUCACUCCCACUUUCAAGCCAAGGGCAUGAUGGGAGGAGAUUAUAUGGUUUAAGUGUGAGGUUUGUAAGAGCCCCUUUUCAGGCUGCUUACACUUGCAGGCGUUAGUAACCAGAGGAAAUGGGUGCUUCCCCUCCAAGUUUCCUGUACUAACUUGCAGGUUAGAUUGUGAUCACAGUCACUGUAAGAACUUGUAGAGCAGAAUUGUGGGAUAACCUGACUGCCAUUCGCACCUGUGAAGGAACUAAACUGGUGUUCCCACUGUGACGUGCCACGGGAAGCAGUGAGAACUGAUGGACAGAAUGGAUGUCACAGAAAGUAUUGCAGGGAUCUUGUUGCCUGGACACUUACACACCCAGCAGUCCUUGCAGUAUGCUCAGGACUUUCAGUUCAAAGAAGAGGAUAUUGUCAUUGUGACUUAUCCCAAAUCAGGCACCACCUGGAUGCAGGAGAUUUUGACUUUGAUUUACAGUGGAGGGGAUGAAGAAAUUGCUAUAACUGUUCCUAACUGGAGGCGUACACCCUGGCUUGAGCAUAUAUACUUUAAAGAUUUAAUUAUAGAAGGGAACGGCCCCAGAAUCAUUACCACCCACCUUCCCAGUGAUGUGCUUGCACCGGCAUUGCAAAAGUCUAAAGCAAAAGUAAUUUAUGUUGCAAGGAAUCCCAAAGAUGUGGCUGUUUCCUACUACUUCUUCCAUAAGAUGGCCAGAUUCCUACCAAACCCUCAACCCUUUCCAGAAUUCCUGGAUCAGUUUCUAGAGGGAAAAGUAUAUUAUGGCUCUUGGUUUGAACAUGUGAAGGGCUGGCACAGCAUCAGCCAGACCCUGGAUUUCUUCUACAUAACAUAUGAAGACAUGCAGAAGGACUUGAGAAGAUCCAUUAAGAAGCUGUGUCAUUUCCUGGGAACUCCCAUGUACUCCAAGGAAGUAGACAAGGUUGAGCUGCACUGCAAGUUUGCUGUCAUGAGUCAAAAUUCCAUGGUGAAUUACACCCUUAUUCCUAGUGAGAUUAUGGACCAUACCCAGAGCAAAUUUAUGAGAAAAGGUGUUGUGGGAGACUGGCAACAACAUUUCACUGAAGAGCAGAACAAAAUGUUUGAUAAGGUUUUUCAAGGGAAGAUGUCAGACUGUGAUCUCCAGUUUAUUUGGACCUUAAAAUAAAUGCUAAUAAUGCUUUUUUCCAGAAGUCUGUAAUUCCACUUAGGAUAUUGAUUUGGCGACAAAUCAUUUGCCAGAACAAGAGAGCAAGGGGUUGUGGCACAAGUGGGCAAGUGGAAGAAUUUUGUGUUGGCUUAAUGCAUUUUAUGCCAACAAUAAAAAAGCCAUAACAUACCUAUAGUUAUGAUAACAGGUAUCAGACCUGUUAUCCAGAAUGCUGGGGGCCUGGGGGUUUCAGGAUAACAGAUAUUUCUGUAAUUUGGG